CCCAGCCGAGAGUCUCCUGCCGCGUCCAGCACUCCGUCCGCAGCCAUGCUCUCUCUCAUCUCCAUCGUCAACGGCGCCCCCGUCCCGGCGGCCAGCACGCGCUCCAACGCUCGCGCUCUCGCCGGAUGGCAGGCGUACAUGAACCAAGGCAUCGAGACGGGCGCCGCCUACGCCAACGCCGGUGCCUCCGGCGACGACGUCUUACUCCAAGACCUCAACGCAGAGACGGCCGACAAGUUUGAUAGCCUGAACAGCGGCAAGACGACGGCCGGGUCGCCCGCUGUCAUCGCCGACGGCCAGCUCAGCGACGGCAUCCUCACGGCAGUCAACCAGCUCACGUCGGCGCUCGGCUCCCCGGCCUCCUCGCCAUCCUCGGCCGCCGCCGCCGUGGACGAGAAGGCCUCCGAGCCGCCGCACGGCGCGAGCUGGCAGGACUACAUGAUGCAGGGCAUCCAGACCGGCAUCGAGUUUGCCAACUCGGGCGCCGGCGUCGCCUCCGGCACCACCGACCCGUCCACCGACUUUGGCGCCCUCUCGGCGCAGACCGCCGACCACUUCGACGCGCUGAACCACAAGGGCGGCGCGGCGGCGGAGGAUGCAGCACCGCCCGCGGAGAAGCAGGCGGAGUGGUCGCCGAGCGGCACGUACAACUACGGCGGCGCGGCCUACGGGCAGCCCUACCAGCAGGGCUACCCGCAGUACCAGCAGCAGGGGGGCUACCAGGCUGGCGCGCAGGGCUGGGGGCAGCCGCAGCAAGCGCAGGCCGCCGCCUCGGCCGGCGCCGCCGCCGAGAAGAAGCCCUACGUGCCCAAGAGCGAGCUGGGCAAGGCGGUUGGCCGCCUCUCGGUGGCCCUGCCCAACGCCAUCCUCGGCGGGCUCACCGGCGCGCUCACGGGCGGCAUCCAGACGGUGGCGGACACGGCGGGCGUGCAGGUCCCCCCGCCCCCGGCCGCCGUGCACCCGAGCGACGUUGCGCAGAGCAGCCAGGCAGCACCCGCAGCAGCCGGCCAGAACGACGGGUGGGGCGAGGCUGCGGCCGCUGAGCCCGCCGCAGCUGCCGAGGACGAGUGGGGCAGGGCGUGAG